AUGGAAUCAACUACUGCCAAAGGGACCAUCGUCAUUACGGGCGCCAACGGCGGGCUGGGAAGCGCCGUCGCAAAGGAGAUUGUCUCCAAGCCUGAGUUCGCCGCAUACCAUGGCCUCUACCUUGUCCGAGAGGCGGCACACGCGCCUGCCCUCGACUCCGUGCUCGCCACGAACUCAAUGCAUCCUCACGAAGUUCUCUCGACGGACUUGACCGAUCUCGAUGGUGUCCGCAAAGCCGCUGAAGCCAUCAACCUGCAAGUCGCAGAGGGUAAGAUCCCCCCGAUACGGGCUCUGGUCCUGAAUGCUGGAUUCCAGGAUUUCGGCAAACAGACCUGGACCAAGGAUGGAUUCGAUACCACGUUCAGCGUCAAUUAUCUGGGACAUUGGCUCUUGACGCUACUCUUGUUGAAGAGCAUCGAUAAGGAGGCCGGCAGAAUCGUGAUAGUUGGCAGUCAGGCUCAUGAUCCUAACGAUAAGCGGAAUGACUCCAGCAAAGCUUUUGUCGACGACAAAUACAACCCGAUGAUCCGUGACAAAGAGAAUUUUGAAGCAAUUGCCAAGGGACAAUGGAGUUCUGCGGUGGAGGACACGACCUGGCGCAGCGGGUUCCGUCGUUACGGUGCGUCCAAGCUCUGCCUGACUACGAUGAUGCACGAGCUCCAGCACCGCAUGAAUACGGAUCCUCAGCUGAAGAAUGUGUGCAUCUUGGGCGUUGACCCGGGUGCCAUGAGUACUGGCCUACAGCGUCAUGCAUCGUGGCUCAUCCGCGUGCUGAUAUUCCAGAUCAUAUUGCCUCUUACAUUGCUCUUGAUGUCAAAUCCACCCUUGCGCCCAACUCAGAAGUCAGCGUCGGAUAUCUUGCAGGCGGCUUUCGAUUCAAAUGAGGUCCUAGGCCAGUACCCCAAGGAUCUGUAUUUCAAUGGCGACGAGCCAUUGGAAACGAGCGAGGAGUCGAGGGAUGCCCAGAAGAGAGAGUUGGUGUGGAAGGAAAGCGUACGCUAUACACAGCUGAAAGAGGGAGAGACUAUCCUAGCGGCCUGGGAGUGA